AGGCAGAUUUUUUUUUUUUUUUUUUUACAUACUCCGGGAACAUCAAAGCCCUCAGAAACAGGAAGUUCUGGUGUGAUUUUCUACUCUGGGUGAAACUCAUUUUUUAAUCGAGACUCUUUUCAAUGGAGCGCGGCUUUCAACGUGGGCGAAAGUGCAGAUAAAUGGAGGUUGUGGCAGGCAGUCGGGACUUGGUCCGCGAAUAGGAAGGCACAAGACAUGAAGGAGGAGGACAGCUGCCGGUGUGACUAUGAGGGAGGAGCGGAGCCAGAGACAGAGACAGAGGCAGAGGCAGAGGCAGGCCUUCGGUGCCAGAAGAGCCGACACAUUCAGCUCCAGAGGGAAAGGCACCGACGACGGAUGGCCCAGUUUGUGGCAGCGGCGCUCCUUCUGCUGCUUUGCGGAAUUCUGGCGGUAUUCCUGACGCUCAGACUAGAGACGCCGUGCGACUGUGCUACUGACAGUCAGAGCAAGUCUGAGUCUGACAGCCAGUCAUCAGGUGUUGCUGAAAAGCUGCAACAACCUCAAAGUGCACAGAGGCUUCCGAGCGCCAUGUUGACAGCUCCAAAGGGUAACAUCACGAAUGGAAGAUAUCUUCUUUGGCAACACACAUUAGGAGAGGCGCACAUUGAUGGAGGUUUCAGGUACUCCAACGGGAGUCUGAUGGUGCCCAGAAAGGGCCUCUACAGAGUCUUCCUGCAGGCCCUCUAUGAGAUUGAGAGCAGUGACUGUGAUCGUACACCUUUCCUGGUGGUCUCUAGCUGGGUGUAUGUCUUCAGACAAGGUGACGGAAAGGACCGACCGCUCCUGACAGCAGUGGAUACAGUGGCUUGCAAGCAAAAUGUAAAGAAAUCUCUCUUCACAUCUGGCAUAUUUAAGCUGGAUACUAAUGACAAAUUACAUGUAACUUCUUCUCAUCCAGACCUUAUGCGUAAAAAUGAGUUUCAGUCAUUCUUUGGAGCUCAGCUCGUGUUCGAUGAUUGGACUCAGGAGCCACUAACUGGCUCCUGAGUCCAACGAUGCAGUUGCUUCAGUAAAGAUUGUACGCACCAGUGCAGGUUUAUGCUUUAACUAGUCCACCUCUGUAGCACCGAGUAGAACCUUGUCAGCAGCAGGUUGGCUUCCUUUCUACAUUUUCUUUUCACUAACAGCUGCCACAGCACUGAUGCAAUUAAACUACACGAAUCAGUAACAAUUUAUUUGAAGUGAGCAUAACUUUGACAUGACACUGUCUUAAACACAACAUGACACCUGUUAUGAAGGAGUCUUCAUGAGUGUUUAUGACUGUUGUCAUGAAGUGUCAUUUGGUAAAUAAUGACACUUUUAAUGAAAAAUUGUACUAAAAAUAGAAUUAAAAAUCCAUUAAAAGUGUCACUAGUUACCAAACGACACUUCAUGACCACAACCAUUCAUGAAGACUCCUUCAUGUUCGUAACUGGUGUUGCGAAUAAAGUGUUACCCACUAAUCCAAUAUGUCAACUUUGCAGCACAUUCCAUUUUGUGUUAAAUCUAUUGAUAUAUUUUAUAUUUUACAUUUAUUAUAUAACAUAUUAUGCUGGGAUAAAAUAUUUCUGUGUUUCUAGAAAGCUUUUAAUUUAUUCUAAUUUAAUAUAAAGGGACAUGUAUUAUAGGGCUUGCAUCAGGCUGGGAGUUAUUUUAUAUUGUUUUUUAUUAUUGUUUCCUAUAAGUCUGGAGUCUUGAGGUGAUUCACUGGAAGCCACUUGUUAUGAAGCAAGUAACCAAGUAAAUAAGUAAGGGGGAAUUUUUUGCCUUGUACACGUGGUGAAUUUCUCAGUAAGCAUUCAUUUUCCCAGGAUUUAUGACAAGCAUGACUUUGUUUAUUUUUAGUAGCAAAUGUGUACAAAUAAAUUAAUUGCAUUAAUUUAAAUCUGAUCUUUGCCAUCGUCCAUUUUCUUACUAUUGUUAUUUAUUUUAAAAUGCAGCCCUUUGCUGGAGACAGUCAUUUGAUCAGGUCAAAUUCUAUAGCUGCUACUGAAAUGUCUAAGGUCAGGCAGUCUUUUAGAGUCAGUAUAAAAGCUGUGUAAUACUUCAUUUGGAUGAAAAGACAGUAGAUUUGAAGAGCCGGAGCUACGUGUGAAACAGUUUGCCUGUUGAAGCCACUUCUUUGAUAUUAGAAGUUGCUAAAAACAGGCAGCAAACAGGAAGAACUUAGCUGGAUGGAGAAUGAAGACAGAAAGUUGUCCUACUAAAAUCACAGUUUCUACAGAGUAGCUCCAUGCAAAGUUGACUGGAUUUAACUCAUCCAAUUGAACAAAACACACAAAAAGAAUACUAAGCACAAAAAUUAGAUUGUCAAGUAUAAAAUCUCCCACUUCCACUGAUUUCUGUGCUGAUUCUACCAAAAAUAUAUUAGCAGACUGUAUUUACUCUCUUUAAAGUCCUGCUGUGUCAGCAUGGUUUUUCUAACUGAUGAUGAGGGAAAAAAAUGACAUGUUCAAAAUGUAAACAUGUCUGAUGGAUUCUGUGAAAAGCUUUAGCCAGCGCUGUGUCUGCUGCCUGUUUGGACCUAAGGCCAGGUCCAAAUUAGAAACCUGUUAAAAUAUUUAUUUUGGCUUUUCACUUUUUUUUUUCUAUUAAAGGUGCCGCUUGAUAAUGUGCUGAAAUGAGUGUUUGAAUCAUGGCUUGCAAGCUGUAUUUCUGUAUUCUCCAGCUAAUGUUGUGAUUUAACUCUUAAAAUGCCAUUGCUAUCUGUGAACUCUAUAGUUGGGAGUGUGUAUAGUGAUGUUCAGGGAUUCUGCAAUAAAGAUGAAUUCUAAAAAAACACACA